UACUUGGACUCAGAUUGGAUCGGACUUUGACAGGGUUCAGGUUCGAUCCAUCUCCUAUUCAGAUUCGGAUCAUAUUUUUUUUUUCUUUGGGUCGGACUCGAAUCGAACUCGGAUUGAAUCGCCAUACCCAGUCUAAAAGUUUGCAGCUAUCUUUCUAACCGUUAGUUCUUCACUAAACAAAGAACAAUGUUGUCGUCAGUACAAUCCUUCCCGCCAAAUCCAAUAUCAGCUCCCUCAACCUCCAAAAUCCACCAUAAUUCUUGGUAUUCAACUACCUUAACUAGAUUACCUAACCGAAGAAAAUCCUUAUUCAUAGUGUGUGCUGCAAACCCAGAUGAUUACAAUGCUACCCUCAAAGCUCUCAAUUCCAGAAAACGUUUUCCCAGAAAAUCUCUUGGUCAGCAUUAUAUGUUGAAUUCUACCAUCAAUGAUCAGCUUGCUGCUGUUGCUAAUGUAAAAGAUGGGGAUUUGGUGCUUGAGAUCGGUCCCGGUACCGGGUCCUUGACCAAUGUUCUUAUUAGUGCCGGUGCUACUGUCCUGGCCAUUGAAAAGGAUCCACACAUGGCUUCCCUAGUCCAGGAACGAUUUGCAGAUACAGGCCGCCUAAUGGUUAUUCAAGAAGACUUCACAAAAUGUCAUAUCCGUUCCCACAUGUUAUCGUUGUUGGAAAGUAAAAAUCUAGCUGUUACAGGGACAAGGCAUGCCAAAGUUGUGGCAAACAUACCUUUCAACAUCAGUAAAGAUGUGGUGAAGCAGCUUCUUCCUAUGGGUGACAUAUUUUCAGAAGUUGUUCUAUUACUUCAGGAUGAGACAGCAAUACGGUUGGUGGAACCAUCUUCAAGAUCAUCAGAAUAUAGGCCUAUAAACAUAUUUGUGAAAUUCUAUUCAGAUCCAGAGUACAAAUUUCAAGUUCCAAGGGCAAACUUUUUCCCUCAACCCAAGGUCGACGGUGCUGUUGUUUCCUUCAAACUCAAGCAACCUUCAGACUAUCCCGCUGUUCCAUCAGUCAAAAGCUUCUUCUCAUUGAUAAAUUCUGCAUUCAACGGAAAACGCAAGAUGUUGAGGAAUACACUUCAACAUAUAUGCACACCAUCAGAGAUUGAAGAAACUUUAAGAACUGUGGGUCUUCCAGCUACAUCAAGACCCGAGGAGCUAACGUUGGAUGAUUUUGUAAAACUGCACAACUCCCUCGUGAAUACCUGACAAGUUCAUGCUAGUACAAUUAUAACAAGCAGUCAAGCAUAGCGCGGUAGUUAUUGAAAUCUUCUGAGAAUAGUCAACGUCUGUUGUACAAAGUAGUGAUCAGAGUUGUAUUCUUCAUAGGAAAAACCAAAAACGUUGUGCUGCUACAGGUUGAACACUUGAAAUAGAGGGUAUAAUCUGGUGGUGUAAUAAUCUGCAAUUCCUGAUUAAGUUCAAAUAUAGGAGCUCAGGCAUAAAGUGUUGUAUAAUUUGGUGUAUGCCCAAUCAAUUGUAUAUUUAUUUGUUGAUUCCUACA